GAUCGCAUGCACUGAAUAAUGUAAGGUGUCUGUUCUCUGCUGGGUACUGAAACACACAGCAAGCAGGCUGUAGCCCAGUAUCGACACUAUGCAGGCAUCACACUGGUGGUAACCUGCUGCUGCCACAACAAGCCGUUGCCCGGUGUAUUUAAAACGAGGCAUGCGCAAAUAUGCAAUUGUGGAGACCAGUGAAAUGACUAUAUAGCACGGUUCCCCAGCUGGCGUCCCGCUGCUGACUCUAGUUGAUGAUACCUGCUGUAUAGCCUUCAGUCCUGCUGAUUUGAAUAGUAUCAAGCCCGUGAUCAGAGCAACAGACGGCUCUUUGGGGAUCUCAUUUUCAUCCACUUCAGUCCUCUAUGUGAGACAAGCAGGAUGGGCUGUUCCACGAGUACCCAGACAACAGCGCAGGACACCACCAGACAGCCCAGCUCUAAACCAGAGGAAAGCAAUGGAAUCAGCACUACAGGGGCGGCUAAUGAGAACGGUAAGGUUGCGGAGGACAGUGAGACCAUCCCAGAUCACACAGUGACCGUAGCAGCCACAGGAGGGGAGGCCCAGUCUGCUCCGGCUGCAGCCCAAGCCGAGGCUCCUGCAGACACCACAGACCCAGUCCCUGCAGCGGAGACCCCGGCCCAGAGUGAGACCCAGCCUGCAGCCGAUGCUCCUGCAGCAGCCACUUCCCCCGAGCAGCCAGCCAGCUCUCCAGAGCCUCCCCCUGCAGCCCAGGACCCAGCUGAGGUCACAGCAGAGGCCGAUACAACUGCAACGAGCCCCUAGUCAGGGAAAUGAAGCCGGUCUUCCCAUUGUUGUGGAUGAAGAAUCUGCAUGAAUGUCCUAAUUUGAAAGCGAGAGAGGAUGACAAUAUAUACACACCACUUGCCUGUUGCCAAGCUGCAGACCAGCUGAUCUCUGU